GGGAAAUUUGUGCGGAAGUCAGGAGCGGCUGCUGAUGGUUAAUGGGAUGAAGUCAUCUAUGUUUUUGUGGUGAUUUGUCUCUUAUUCAGCUGUGAAGAUGAGUCGCGUGACAAGAUUGUUAAAAACUCUUCAGAAUGAAGCCAAGAGUGGGAGUGAGAAGCAAAAUGAUUUGACAUCAGCAGAAAAUCUGGACAUGUCCUCAAUAGAGAAAGCCAGCUUCCUUCAAGGAGAGGAGUAUUCCUCCUAUGGUAAUCCCCUUCACAGCACUGCUCUAGAAGAUGAACGCAGACCCGAAACUGACCAUGGACAAAAAGCCAAAGCUGUAAAACAGGCUGGUAAAGGAAGAGGGAAUGAGGUACAAGGCAUGACAGAGACUCCAAAGAGACCUGUGAAAAAUCUGAAAGCUCAACAGGAAAACAAUGUGCAGGCACAGAAGAAAAGCUCCAAAUCUAGAGGGAAUCAAAAGCCACCAGAACAUACAGACCCUGCACCAAAGUCUCAACAUCUGCAGACCAUCUCAAAGAGCAAAAAGAAUGAAGGCAAUAAAAGAGCACAGUCUAAGAGACCAGUUAAUGGAAAUUCAGCCAGUGACACAUCACCUGAAGCAACUUACACCCAAAGCCAGAGGCGCACAUCUUUGUCCUCAGAGGACUUGACUGAUGAGGAUGAGAGCUUUCACCCAGGCAGUGAGAGACAAACAGCAUCACGCAGGCCAGGGUCAUCGUCCGGUCAGCCGCAGAGAGGUCAGAAACAGAAGAGGAAAUCUUCAACUGGAUUCUUAGACAAUGGCAUUCCCAGUAAGAAGCAGAAACCUGGAGUUGGGAGAAAUCCGAUUGCUCUCGAUGUUGUUCUGGAAGCGUUCCAGGAAUUUGUCACGCAGUAUAAGGAGACAGUGAGCUCUGAGGUUGUUCAAAAAGCCAUACAUGCAUUUUCUUGCUCAUUUGAGGAGGAAGUGACUGAGAAGAUCACUGCAGAUAAGGAGUUUAACAGUGUAAAACGUGAAGCUAUAAAGGUUAAUAGAAUCCUGAAUCAGAAGAAAUCUAGACUAUUGGAGGCCAAGAACGAACUCCUCAAGAGUAAGGCUGAGUUGAGGAAGCUUGAGAAAGAGCACAGUGAGCUGGAGGGGAGGCUCACGGCUUUAAAACAGGGCACUGCUUUUCUUAACAACCUGAAAGCACUGAGCAGGAGAUAUCUGCAACAACGCAGCGCUCAUGCUGAAGAACCGGAAACAUAUGGACCAUGCUGCAUGCCAGCUAUGUUGCUGGAGGCGAGGAGCAUCACAGGGACAGAACACCAGUUAAAGAACAUCAAUGACAAGUUGCAGAAAGUCUUGGAGGAAACUGCUCACAAAAAUCUGUGAAUUUUAGUUUGUUUUGUUUUUGUUUUCACUCAAUCAUAAUACUUUUGUCGUUUUUAUAUAUAUAUAUAUAUAUAAUAUAUAUUUAUAUAAAAUAAAGCCAUGAGUGAUAUUGAUUUAUCCUUAAAAAUUGGGAUUAACAAAUAAGCCACUUAGAAAAAAAAUUGCCUUUUUACCAUGUCAGGUUUAAGGAGAGUAUGGUAAGGCAUAAUAAUAUCAGCUAUGUAGUAGACUCACCUUCCAGUUUGGAAGAGCCUGAGCUUAGAACAAACUCACACUCUUUUUCAGUCUUUAAUUUUUUGUGAAAAAGACUGUUGUGUUUGAAAAUCUAAAAUACUCAAACCUGCACAUCUUGGCACCAACAAUCUUGCCAUGGUUAAUUUCAGAGAGAUCGCAUUUAUUGUUUGGUUUUCUCAAAAGAAAAAAGUUUGAUCUGCUUUUGACUUUUUUGACUGCUUUUUGAUAUUUCCAAUAUGUUAUGCAUUAUACUUCUGCCACAUGAUUGGUUGAUUAGAUAACUGCAUAAAUAAGCAAUUGUACAAGUGCACAAAGUGGAUAGUGUGUGUUUUUGAUGUUUUUUGGGUGUAUUGAAAUGUUUCGUUUUCAGUGCAAAUCCCAUGGUUUGCCCUACUGACACAAAUUAAAUGUGGUUUGUGGUCAAAACAAAAUAUACCAAAGGAGGUAGACCCCACUGUUUUGAAUAUGUGAUCACUGAAUGCUAAAACCAUCUCUUGUGGUAAUCACAAUGCAGUUUGUUUAGUUUGUUAAGCAGCACUCAAGCUCUAUAAAAACUUUCAGACAAACACAA